AUGCAUGGCACUGGGUCAAGGGUAGGGAAACCUCCAACACAUGUUACGGCUUCAUAUAGUCUGAAAGCAGGUGAUACAUACGCUGCUAGUCUGUCGCAUCUUCGGGUGUGGCGACACAGAGCAGAUGGAGGCGACAUUCUCUGUACAGAAGGCAACGCCACAGCUAUCACUUUCUUUGUUGCCUCUUCGAAUUUCGCAGACGAUGAAACAACAACCCUAGAAUUUCUUCGUCUUCAGCUUCAUCAUCUUCACAACAUCACCAAACAACACAUGAUACUGCUAGUAGUGGAGGAAACGACAGAUACCAUUCUCUCACCAGACUUGUUGUUCUCUGCCAAUGAUUCAUUCGUCGUCUUAACUGAUUUCGAUCAAAUUUUAAAUAAAUAA